AAUUUUAUCAAAGUAUCAAACUUGGCCACUUUUUAAUUUUGAGCUCCAAUAUCUUAAGAAUCCAUUGUGCUAUAAUAAAGAUAGAUUUGCUAUUCCCUAGAAAUGAUCCAAACUAUUAUUUUGUUACAGCAUGCAAGACGACAGCAUAGAAGCUUCUACGUCCAUAUCUCAACUUCUAAGAGAAAGCUAUUUAGCAGAAACCAGACACAGAGGCAACAAUGAGAGGAGUAGAGCAGAGCCUUCCUCUAACCCUUUCCAUUUUGGCAGUCCUUCUGGGGCUGCGGAAGGAGGAGGAGGCCAAGAUGACCUUCCAGAUCUUUCAGCCUUUCUGAGCCAAGAAGAAUUAGAUGAAAGCGUCAACCUGGCAAGGCUGGCCAUUAACCACGACCCUUUGGAGAAGGCAGAGGAUGCUCAAGCUAGAAAACGUCUGUCUUCUGAUCAGUUGAAACUGUCACCUAAGUCAAGUUUUGAGCCUAACUUCUGCCAAGAUAACUCUCCAAGUCCUUCCAGUUCUAAAGAGAGCUCUCAGGAGACAAAACGGCCCCAGUAUAGUUCUGAAAGCCAGUCCAAAAAAGUGUUCCUCAAUAAGGCUGCUGAUUUCAUAGAGGAGCUGUCCUCCCUGUUCAAGGCCCAUAGCUCCAAAAGGAUUCGACCCCGUGCCUGCAAGAACCACAAGAGUAAGCUGGACUCUCAGCACAAAGUGGCUCAGGAAAGCAGCCCCAGAGAGAGAGCGUCUGUUCCCAUCCCCAUCCCUGCGGACACGAGGGACAACGAGGUCAACCACGCCUUGGAACAGCAGGAAGCGCAGAGGCGCGCAGCUGAGCAGGAGGCGGCUGCGGGGGACACCACUCCGGGGUCCUCCCCUUCAUCUCUAUACUUUGAGGAGCCUCUCGGGCAGCCCCCCCGCUUCACCCAAAAGUUACGGAGCAGGGAAGUGCCCGAAGGAACCCGGGUACAGUUGGACUGCAUAGUGGUAGGAAUUCCGCCACCACAAAUAAGGUGGUACUGUGAAGGCAAGGAACUUGAAAAUUCCCCAGACAUUCACAUCAUACAGGCAGGAAACCUGCACUCGCUGACCAUUGCUGAAGCCUUCGAAGAGGACACGGGACGCUAUUCCUGCUUUGCUUCUAACAUCUAUGGAACAGAUUCAACUUCUGCUGAGAUUUACAUAGAAGGAGUUUCUUCUUCUGAUUCAGAAGGGGACCCUAACAAGGAAGAAAUGCAUAGAAUCCAGAAGACAAAUGAGGUGUCGUUACCUCCCACUACCUCUGCAAGCAUUCCUCCAUCAGUGCCCCAAGCCCAGCCACUGGUGGCCCAGCCCAGAGUAUCGACCAUCCAGCAGUGUCAGAGCCCCACCAACUACUUGCAAGGAUUGGAUGGAAAACCUAUCAUCGCAGCUCCAGUGUUCACGAAGAUGCUGCAGAACUUGUCGGCCUCCGAGGGCCAGCUGGUUGUCUUUGAGUGCAGAGUCAAAGGAGCUCCGUCCCCUAAAGUGGAGUGGUACAGGGAAGGGACCCUGAUAGAAGAUUCUCCUGAUUUUAGGAUUUUACAGAAGAAACCUCGAUCCAUGGCAGAACCAGAGGAGAUCUGCACCUUGGUCAUCGCGGAGGUAUUUGCGGAAGAUUCUGGGUGCUUCACGUGCACUGCCAGCAACAAAUACGGCACGGUGUCGAGCAUCGCGCAGCUGGACGUGAGAGGAAAUGAAGACCUCAGCAAUAACAGGGCUCUUCACUCGGCCAGCUCCACCACCAACCUGGCUGCAACUGAACGACAGCCGUCCCCCCCCAACCCAGAGCCUCCUUCUAUGGAACAAACCCCCAAACCCAAACUUGAAGGGGUACUGGUGAACCAUAAUGAGCCCCGGUCCAGCUCCAGGAUUGGGCUCCGUGUGCACUUCAACCUGCCUGAAGAUGACAAAGAAAGCAAAGCCUCCUCUGAAGGUGGAAGGGCAACUGCCAACCAGGCCAGGCCCAAUUCUUUCCCUGAGAGGCUCAAUGGACAGGGAUCCAAAAUUCUGGAGCCUUCCUCACCCAUCAAAGAGCCCCCUCCAGUUCUGGCCAAACCCAAACUUGACUCUUCCCAGUUACAGCAGCUUCACAACCAAGUGUUGCUGGAACAGCAGCAGCUGCAGAACCUGUCCCCUUUGUCACCUAAGGAGCUUCCCUUCACCGUGAGUGUUCUGAACUCCCCAGCCAGCCCGGCUGUGACCGUCUCCAGCAAGCAGGUGAAGGGCCCUGCAUCACAGACGCUCAGCCUGGCCCGACCGAAGCAGUUCUUCCCCUCCACCAGUGCCACCAUGGCCACCGUGUCCCCAUCCGGCUCUCCCGUGUUCACCUUGAGCAGCACUCCUCAGACAAUUCAGAGGACAGUGAGCAAAGAAAGCCUGUUACUUUCCCACCCCCCUGUGCAAACCAAAUCUCCAGGUGGGGUUUCCAUCCAAAAUGAGACACUCCCUCCAGGCCUGGCAGAGCCAGCACCGCCACCACUCUCGUUUUCCAUCCCCAGCGCAAACCAGUUUCAGCCUCACUGUGUAUCCCCGACUCCUGUCUCUCCCACCAGCCGGAUUCAGAACCCAGUGGCUUUCCUCAGUUCCGUCCUGCCUUCUCUCCCUGUCGUCCCACCAACCAAUGCCAUGGGACUGCCCAAGAGUGCACCAUCUGUACCAUCCCAAGGACUAAUGAAGAAAAACACAAAGUCUCCUCAACCAGUGAGUGAUGAUUAUAUUCGUGAAACUAAGAAUGCAGUGAUUCUAGACUUGGGGAAGAAAAUGAGUUUCAGCGAUGUCAGAUCAAACCAGCAGGAAUACAAAAUUUCAAGCUUUGAACAGAGGCUGAUGAAUGAAAUAGAGUUUCGCCUGGAACGCACACCCGUUGAUGAAUCAGAUGAUGAAAUCCAACAUGACGAGAUCCCCACGGGCAAGUGUAUUGCUCCCAUCUUUGACAAAAGACUCAAGCACUUCCGGGUUACAGAAGGGUCUCCAGUCACCUUCACCUGCAAAAUUGUUGGGAUACCUGUUCCAAAGGUUUACUGGUUCAAAGAUGGGAAGCAGAUUUCUAAGAGAAAUGAGCACUGCAGAAUGAGACGAGAAGGCGAUGGGACAUGCUCUCUGCACCUUGAAUCCACCACCAGUGAUGACGAUGGCAACUACACCAUCAUGGCAGCCAACCCCCAGGGAAGAAUCAGCUGUUCUGGCCAUUUGAUGGUACAGAGUUUGCCCAUUCGCAGCCGACUUACCCCUGCCGGUCAGUCUCACAGGGGAAGGUCCCGAGUGCAAGAAAGAGACAAGGAGCCCCUACAGGAACGCUUUUUCCGACCACAUUUCCUGCAGGCUCCUGGGGAUAUGGUGGCUCACGAGGGGCGCCUCUGUCGGCUGGACUGUAAGGUGAGUGGCUUACCACCCCCAGAACUGACAUGGCUACUCAAUGGCCAACCUGUGCUACCAGACGCCUCCCAUAAGAUGCUGGUCAGGGAGACAGGAGUCCACUCUCUACUCAUUGACCCGCUCACCCAACGCGAUGCAGGGACCUAUACGUGCGUGGCUACCAACAAAACCGGGCAGAAUUCCUUUAGUCUGGAGCUCACUGUAGUAGCCAAAGAAGUGAAGAAAGCGCCUGUGAUCCUGGAGAAACUGCAGAACAGUGGUGUUCCUGAGGGCCACCCAGUGAGGCUGGAGUGCCGUGUGAUAGGCAUGCCACCGCCCGUGUUCUACUGGAAGAAAGACAACGAGACCAUCCCCUUUACCAGAGAGAGGAUCAGUAUGCACCAGGAUGCAACAGGGUAUGUCUGCCUCCUCAUUCAGCCAGCCAAGAAAUCAGACGCUGGAUGGUACACGUUGUCAGCCAAGAAUGAAGCUGGCAUCGUGUCGUGCACAGCGAGGUUGGAUAUAUAUGCUCAGUGGCACCAGCAGAUUCCGCCACCCAUGUCCAUCCGGCCCAGCGGCAGUCGCUACGGAUCUCUCACCAGUAAAGGACUUGACAUUUUUUCUGCCUUUUCUUCCAUGGAAAGCACAAUGGUGUAUUCGUGCUCUUCUCGCAGUGUAGUGGAGAGCGAUGAACUUUAAGGAUGUCUGGGUGCCUGCUGCGUGAGGGGGCGGACUGUGGAGGGGGGAGGAGUUCAAGCAGACACAGUGGUUUCCAAGCAACUGGAUUUGAGUGAGUUCCCAUACUGCUGGACCUGUGGCAAGAAGUGCUUUGAAUAAGAUGGCUGGGGACUCUUACCUGCUCUGCUGGGGAGAGCAACAGGGCUUUGCCUCAAAGAUUCUAACAGAAAUGUGAGCAGACAAUACACAUGAACCAAAGAUAUAAUACCUCUGCCAUCCACUGCUUUGGGGGAAAGCUAGUAUGAUCAAACCCCAUGAGCAGCAACUAGGGGCCAUAAGCCGGGGCUCAGAGAAGCCAGACAGUAGUGAUCUUAGGCUAGAACUACUUUAUCCAACAAUGCAAAGGAAAAAGGAGGGGAGGUCACCAUUGCGUCUCAUGGAUUACACCCAUAGCAGUAGUUUUGGGGAAUUCAUUAAGUCAGCUUCACUGAGCAUUAGUACAACUCAUACAUGUGGUAUUUGCAUACUCUGGGUGUAUUGAGCUAUAUAAUAAGGUAUAAAAAAUGUGCUUGAGAUAAAAAAUUCUCCGAAACACUCAAUAUUGCACAGUACACUUAUUCUAACGUCAAAAACAGGGCCCCACCAUCCUAACCACUCUAUUUUCUUUCUGACGGUGACUAAUUUUUCUUCUUGACUUUGCACAUCCCUUGAGAACUAAAGGGCUGUUAAUAAACCAAUCAGAAAAAAAAUCUGCAGGGUCACAUUAGAAAUAACCAGCUUCUUGGAGUGCCAGUGACUCAUGCCUGUAAUCCUAGCUUCUUGAGAGGCUGAGAUUGGGAAGGUUAACAAUGUGAGGCCAGCCUGGGCAAAUAGUUCAUGAGACCUCCA